CACAGCGACGCAGGCAGUGUUUCCCGUUAUUGGUUCUUUGCUGAUAAGGCAUUGGAGAGAUGAAGACACUCUUUUGCUGGAGCUACGAUCAACGCCAGGAAUUGGCCAAAAAGGACCGAAUUUGGGAAUUUUUCAACAUUUACCCAUAACUAUUCAACUACUGACGACAUUUUCAUUGACGUUAUAUGGGCUGGUUACAGGAUGCGACAAAGGCAGCAAGGGUUUUGCGGUAAUUAUUUCGCACAUCGUGACGGUAAACAGCAUAACACGAGACCCGAUUGGUCAAGAUGUGGAGUAAUGACGUAGGUGUCAUUUCAGAUAUUAACAAAGAAUCCUAAAGAAGGAGUCUCAAUUUACAGAGCCUCAUUAUACACUUGUCGCAGUAAUGGAGAACUCGAGCAUCUGCGAAUAGCCCAAAGCGAAAUUUUAGUUCUAUGUGAGUUGCCUAAAAUAAGGCAAACUUUGAAAAUUUUAUAUCUAAUUGUACACUGCAAGCACAGAAGGACACUUUGAAGUGGAGCGUUCUACUAUCUUUGAGGCAUUAGAAACAAAUAGUUCAGGAUCCGAAGAAAACAGGGAUAAAGUUGCAUAACCAAGAGACGUAGACAUGUAUUCAACUUCAGUAAGGCUAAUGAGCAUCGCAAACAUGCGAGCAACGGAGAAAAACACAUAUUCAUAGAUCUAGCGCACGUUACAUCACAGACACCAUGAGUGCUACAAACAGCAGCCUUUCGCCCAUGUCCAACGCCACGGAGACCCCGAGUGCUGAGGGAAAGGUAGCUGAGAUCGCCAUCCUCUGUGUAAUUCUCCUCAGCGCUCUGAUUACUAACUGCCUCAUCUGUACUGUCUUCUACAAGCGGCCGCAUCUCCUCACCGUAUCCAAUAGCUUCUUGUUGAACCUGGCCUGCUGUGACGUAGGACUUGCCGUGCUGGUGAUGCCGUUUAUGAUCGUCUCGGCCUCGGAACAGGGGUGGGCGUUCGGGGCGGAGUGGUGUCAGGCUCAGGGUUACAUCACCACCGUGCUGUUCUCUACCUCUACCGUCAACUUACUCCUCGUCUCCUUGGACAGGUACUACUACAUCAUCGCCCCCCUUCGGUACCCGUUUGUGUUCACGCAGACACGUGGAAACAUCAUGCUUGUCUGGAGCUGGUUGGUUGGCCUCAUUGUCGCGAUCCCUCCGCUGUUUAACUGGGGCGAAUACAGGUUUCAGAGAGAGGCUCUGUCCUGUACUCUGUCCUGGACUAACACCACGCCCUCUCUAAACUACCUUAUCUUCUUCUCCUCAUUCAGCUAUAUACUGCCUCUCAUAGGAAUGAUAUGGUGCUACUGUAGUAUAUUUAACGUGGCAUUAGGCCACACCAGGAGAAGCAACAGGGUCCAUCCGGUUCCCCAGUCCUCCUACGUGUCCCCUCGCCAGCCCCCAGACGUCCUCGUCCCCACGGUGGACAGAGCAGAGAUCAGUGACGGCGUGUUUGGAGACGCUGAGAGUCAGGAGACCACGAGCAGCGAGGUCGUCUCGGAGCCAUCUCGGUACAGCCAAUCGCGCGACUGCAAGGCCGCUCGGACCAUACUGUUAAUUGCAGUGGCAUUUCUCACGUGUUGGGUGCCUUAUUUCAUAGUAGCUGGCCUGCAGGUGUCCGGUAACACAGUAGACGACGUGGUUGUUACCACUGCUACCUUGCUGGCGCACUGCUCGAGUGUUUUGAACAUUGUCAUCUAUGGAUAUCUUAACAAAUACUUGAGGAUUGAAAUGUUCAGAUUACUGAAACAGAUGCGCCAAAACAGGAGCCAUGACAGUACAGCAGUGGUGAACAUAGAGAGCGAAGAGAAUGCUUCGACUACAUUCACCACCCUGUCUUCGCUUAAGCUUGCCUACAUGCCACGCGGGGGGACACCUAGAUCCAAAAUGAAAGCAAAAAGAGACGUGCCCCUGAACUCUGAUAUUCACGCCAUUGAAGAGCUCGCUGAGGACUCGAAAUCAAGCACGCGCUGCUUGCAAAUACGCGUCCAGUGCUCUGCCAGCGCAGAAAACACGGCCUCCCAGCCUCUUGGCACUGGACCGAACAGUUCCCAUGGCGACACAGACCUCGCAGUCUCGCCAAAGCCGAAGUGCUGUGUCACGUGGCAAGACAAGACAAAAAAUGAUGUGAAAACUAAAGGGGGCUUGAUCCUAACCCCGCACUUUUAUAUGGACGAAGAAAGCACUGCCAAUGAUGGCAGUUACUUUGAUGAUGUCAUAGCUGGGAACUCGUCUCCGGCUGUAUCAACGGGUGAUCUGUGUUGA